UGAAUGUGAAGUGGGGGGAGGCAAAAUCCAAGAAAAUCAGUCAAAUACGCAUACAUAAAAACAAACAAUGGUGUAUUGUGAAGUUUCUCUUUUGUCACUUUUUUCUAAUUUAAACAAAAAGGCACUCUGAGUCCAGGCUCUUCUGGUGUUUGAUUACCUUCUCAGUUCAUUCGUACGUCGCCACCGACUUCGUUCAGAUCAAAACAAAAGAAAUGGACGCUUAGAAAUCACAAAAAAAGCUCAGCCUCUAAACGUUGGAUGAAAUUAUUUACUUAAUAAUUUCCGUCCUUAUGGAAUAUUUCACUUUCAAAUAUCAGUGUUGCGAAAAAAUGGUUUAUCAUCAACGUCCUUUAAAACUAUUUCAAUGAUUCUUCUGAUAAGAUCGUGAAGCCAGCCGAUCGGUUUUCCUGGAUUUUCUUCAAUUGGAUUUGAAAAUUUAAUUACAAGGAAACAUGAAUUCCAAAUUGGGUAAGAGUCAAAGUUAUAAUCUUUAUUCUUGCUCUCAUCUGUCAAAUGCUAAAAUCCAUUUGAAAUUAGAUCAUUCGGGUGGAAGUAAAAAAUUCGUGAAAUACUGCAGUAAACCAAAUCCAUCGAUUCAAAUAAAUUCAACAACGGGUCAAACUACAGUUUUUCUUCCACCGCCAUCAAGAAGUAUUCUCAAAUCAUCCAACGAAUUAGAGGAAACAAAAUUUUCAUCCUUUAAAUACAAUAAUAAUUCAUCAAGAGAAUCCUCGGGUUCAAAAUUCAACCUCUUUUCAAAUUUUAAUAAUAACAAUAAAAAACAUCAAACGUUUGCCAAUAAAACUUCAGCGAACAAUGACAAUUUCAAUAAUCGUUUUAAGCCAAACAUUCUUAAAACGAAAACAGUGCUAAAACGAUACGAUUUUCUUGAUGUCAAAAGUGACAAUGAAAAUAAAUCCACCAAAGAUGCAAGUCAUCGAAAAAGAAAACAAGUUUAUAAUUUGCCCAGUGACACGGAUUUAGAUCUGAAUCAAACAAAAGAAAAAGCUUUACUUCCACAACCCGAGAAGAAGAAACAAAAAAUCGAGCCAAAAAUUGAAAUUAAAAUUGAAUCCAAUAACUUGAAUUUAAACGAGGAGGAAAUUGGCGAAAAGAAAAGAAGGACAACAAAAAGGAACGAAAAGAAAAUUGCAGAAGGUAAAAUAAUAAAUGAAAAUUAUAAACGAAAUAGUAGUGAGUUGUCAAAUUUCGAGGAAGGCGAACCAUUAAAAAAAAGGACAAACAGAGGAAGAAAAUGUAAAAUCAAUACUCAAACGCAGACAAAGAAUAUUAGGAAAAAAGUGGAAAAAUCGAGCGCCAGAGUUUGUCCUUUCGUCUCAAAACGUCCGAAUUUGCAGAAAAUAAAAGAAACCAGUGAAAAUAAUUUAAGUGAAGAGGAAAUCUUCAUAAAUCUCACCAGUGAUCAAUCUUCAAGUGACACUGAAUGUUCAAAUCAAAAUUGGAAAAUUGAACCGCCCAGUGAAUCUGAAUCUACAAUUUGGGAGAAUUUUUCCAACCCCGACGAAACUGUCGUAAAACAAGAAUAUUUUCCACAGGAGAAAAAAGAAAAUGAAGAACAAGAAUACAAGAUAGAAGAAGAUGAAGGAGAGGACGAAGAAAAUGAAGAAAAUGAAGAAGUAGAAAAAGAAAAUGAAGGAGAAGACAAAGAAAAUGAAGGAGAAAACGAAGAAAAUAAAGAAGAAAAAGAAAAUGAAGGAGAAGAAGGAGAAAAUGAAGAAGAAUAUAUAGGAGAGAAUAAAGAAGAGGAAAAAGAAGAAAAAGAAUUUUAUCAGCAAGAGGAGAAAAUUCAACCAUCCAGUGAAUAUAAUUCAGAAAAAAUGCAGACACUGCAGGAAAGAAAAAAGUGUAGCCCAGAAGAAUUUCCAAAUCUUGAUCAUGUGACAACGGAAUUUCUCGAAAACAGUUCAUGUCCAGAGACAUCGAUAGAAGCUUUAUUGGGUUUUGAAAAUUUCAAAGGUUUCCAAUCCGACAUUGCAAAUUUCGAAGAAUAUUAUUUCAAGAAGAAAAAAAUUCCCUUUCCCGUUGAUGGUGAAUUUUUAAUUCCCGAUUAUUUGAAUUACAUAAAUCCAUAUGAUUUCAUUGAAUUUUCAGACGAUGUUCAUAAAUUAUUGAGUACAACAUUGUGCAGUGAUUUCAUUCAAAUAACGCCGAUUAAAAUGAUAAAAAAUACACGCAAUCUAAAUGAAAAUAAUAUAAAAUUGGCGAAUUUAAAUUUCAUUGAUUUUGAUGAGAAUUUUAAUUAUGAUUCAUCGAAAAAAAAUUCUCACAUGAGAUUGAGGAAUGCUCUAAUCAAUGGUUAUAGUUCGGAAGAAUUUGAUUAUGAUAAUGAUGAUCAUUAUUCCAGUAAUUUCAGUAAUAGUGAUCUGAGUAAUGAUAAUGAUGGUUGGAAUGAAAAAUUAGAAGAAAAUAGAUCAUCGAAACAAAUUAUUAUUGAGAUUGAUGAUGAAGUGUUGAAUUCCAAAUUUUAUUUGGAUUGCGAGGAAGAGAAUAGUAUUGGAGAAAAUGAUAAUACUUCGGAUGAUAAUAAAUCUAUUGAUAAUGUACCUGAUUCACCAAAGAGUAUUAAAUAUGAUGAAGAAAGAAACAGAGAUUUCGAGAUAAAUAUUGACAGAUUCAAAUGUCAUGAAUGCGAUAUCACUUUUGGCAAACAACGCACUUUAGAUAUUCAUCAAAAGAAGACCCAUUCAGGAUUAUAUUCGUUUACGUGCAAACGCUGUAAAGGACUCUUUAAGAGUAAAAUUCAACUACAAAAGCAUUACAAGCAUUGCUAUCCUAAUGACAGAAAGACACUCAUCUGCAAUAUUUGCGACAAAAAGUACAGCUAUCAGUCAUCGCUGAGUCAACAUUUGAAGAAAAAGCAUUUUAUUUUCUAAUUAGUAAAACAGUUAAUGAUUUACUUAUGUCAUAUGUUGAAAGUUUUCUCCUUUCAAUAGUAAGUACAAUUUUUUCGUUCGCAUCUUGCGAAAUUUGAUUUUUUCAACGUUUGUUUAAGUGGGUGCUACAAAAUAUGAAACAGUGAGCAAUUUCAUUUUCUUUUUUUUUUUGCCUUCUGUUGAGUUAAUGUUUGGUGUUGGCUGAUAUUCAGAUAAGCAAAGAAAAUAAGUGCGUUGAAAAAAUUUGUCAAAACAAUUAAAAAAAGGAGAAAAGAAAAAAUUUAAACAUAUUAAUAGAAUAUUAAAAGUUUCAAAGAAAGUAUUUUGAAGGUUUAAAUACUUGUUAAAAAAAGAACGUUUAUCGCAUAAUUUUGAAUUUCUGAAUAACUCACGAAAUUCAUGUAUUUCAAUAUAAUACUUUAAAAAAAAUAUAUAUUUUUUGCUUAAAAAUGCUAAAUGUUGGUAAAAGUACCAACAUUCCUUUUCCUUAGAUUCGUAAAUUUAAUCAAAAUUGUUUUUUUUAUUUAUUUCACUGUGAU